AUGGCCCGCUGCACAUCAGCGGCCGGGCUCGGCUUCGUGCUCCUGCUCUGGAGCGGGGCGCUUUUCCUCGCCGCCUCCCCGCAGCCCCAGCCGCCGCCGCGGGGCAGCGUGUGGUGCCCCAGCCGCUGCUUGUGCUUCCGCACCACGGUGCGCUGCAUGCAUCUGAUGCUGGAAAGCGUCCCCGCCGUGUCGCCCCAAACCACCAUCCUAGAUCUACGGUUUAAUAGAAUUAAAGAAAUUCAGCCUGGAGCAUUUAGACGGCUUAAAAACCUGAACACACUGCUUCUAAACAACAAUCAGAUUAAAAGAAUACCUAGUGGGGCAUUUGAAGACCUUGAAAAUCUAAAAUAUCUCUAUUUGUACAAGAAUGAAAUCCAGUCAAUUGACAGGCAAGCAUUUAAAGGACUUGCCUCUCUAGAGCAACUGUAUCUGCACUUUAAUCACAUAGAAACAUUGGAACCUGAAUCCUUUAUGCAUCUUCCAAAACUUGAAAGACUAUUUUUGCAUAAUAACAGAAUAGCUCAUUUAGUUCCUGGGACAUUUAGUCAUUUGGAAUCUAUGAAGAGACUGCGUCUGGAUUCAAAUGCUCUGCAUUGUGACUGUGAAAUCCUAUGGCUGGCAGAUUUGUUGAAGACAUAUGCAGAAUCUGGUAAUGCUCAAGCAGCAGCUACUUGUGAGUAUCCAAGGAGGAUCCAGGGGCGAUCAGUGGCCACAAUAACACCAGAAGAACUUAACUGUGAGAGGCCAAGAAUUACGUCAGAACCUCAGGAUGUGGACGUUACCUCAGGGAAUACAGUGUACUUCACUUGCAGAGCUGAAGGCAAUCCCAAACCAGAAAUUAUCUGGCUUCGAAACAAUAAUGAGCUCAGUAUGAAAACAGAUUCCCGUCUAAACUUGCUAGAUGAUGGCACUCUGAUGAUUCAGAAUACUCAAGAGACAGACCAGGGUAUUUACCAGUGCAUGGCGAAAAAUGUGGCAGGAGAAGUGAAAACUCAAGAGGUUACUCUUAGAUACUUUGGGUCACCAGCCAGGCCAAGUUUUGUGAUCCACCCACAAAAUACAGAAGUAUUAGUUGGAGAAAGUGUUACUUUGGAAUGCAGUGCAACCGGCCACCCCCAACCGCAGAUCACAUGGACAAAAGGCGACAGAACCCCCUUACCAAAUGAUCCUCGCAUCACAAUAACUCCUUCAGGAGGCCUUUACAUACAAAAUGUGAACCAGGAAGAUAGUGGCGAGUAUACCUGUUUUGCAACCAACAGUAUAGAUAAUAUCCAUGCAACUGCUUACAUCAUAGUGCAAGCUGUACCUCAGUUUACUGUCACUCCUCAAGACAGAAUAGUGAUUGAGGGCCACACUGUCGAUUUCCCUUGUGAAGCACAAGGCUAUCCACAGCCCGUUAUUGCCUGGACUAAAGGAGGGAGCCAACUCUCUGUAGAUAGACGACAUCUAGUGUUAUCAUCUGGAACACUGAGGAUUUCCAGAGUUGCUCUACAUGACCAAGGCCAAUAUGAAUGUCAAGCCGUCAACAUUGUAGGAUCUCAAAGAACAGCUGUACAGUUAACAGUACAACCUAGAGUUACCCCUGUGUUUGCUAACGUUCCGAGUGAUAUGACAGUAGAAGUUGGCACAAACGUUCAGAUUCCAUGCAGUUCUCAAGGAGAGCCUGAGCCAGUAAUAACAUGGAAUAAGGAUGGAGUUCAGGUAACAGAAAGCGGAAAGUUUCAUGUUAGUCCGGAGGGAUUUCUUACCAUUCGUGAUGUUGGAACAGCUGAUGAAGGUCGAUAUGAAUGUGUUGCCCGGAAUACUAUAGGAUACUCCUCAGUUAGCAUGGUGCUAAGUGUUAAUGUUCCUAAUGUCAGUCGAAAUGGAGAUCCAUUUGUAGCAACAUCAAUUGUUGAAGCAAUUGCAACGGUUGACAGAGCUAUAAAUUCAACACGUACACAUUUGUUUGACAGUCGUCCUCGUUCUCCAAAUGAUUUGCUAGCCUUAUUUCGAUACCCAAGAGAUCCUUACACUGUUGAGCAAGCAAGAGCUGGAGAAAUAUUUGAAAGAACAUUACAGCUAAUUCAAGAUCAUGUACAAGAUGGUUUAAUGGUUGACCUAAAUGGAACAAGCUAUCACUAUAACGAUCUUGUAUCUCCACAAUACUUGAACCUGAUAGCUAAUCUGUCAGGCUGCACAGCCCAUAGACGAGUGAAUAACUGCUCAGAUAUGUGCUUUCACCAGAAAUACAGGACACAUGAUGGAACUUGCAAUAACCUGCAGCAUCCGAUGUGGGGUGCCUCUCUGACAGCCUUUGAACGUUUGUUAAAGUCAGUCUAUGAAAAUGGAUUUAACUUGCCUAGGGGCAUUGGACCUAAUAGACACUAUAAUGGAUACACACUCCCCAUGCCUCGCUUGGUUUCAACAUCUCUAAUAGGAACUGAAACAAUAACCCCUGAUGAUCAGUUUACUCACUUUCUAAUGCAAUGGGGUCAAUUCCUUGAUCAUGACCUAGACUCCACAGUUGCGGCUCUGAGUGAAGCCAGGUUUUCUGAUGGUCAGCACUGCAGUUCAGUUUGUACAAAUGAUCCUCCAUGUUUCUCAAUCAUGGUACCACCAAAUGACCCCCGAGUUAGAAAUGGUGCACGGUGCAUGUUUUUUGUACGCUCCAGUCCUGUUUGCGGAAGUGGCAUGACAUCUCUUCUAAUGAAUUCUGUUUACCCACGAGAACAGAUUAACCAGCUGACUUCGUAUAUUGAUGCAUCCAAUGUGUACGGCAGUUCAGACCAUGAGUCACAAGAAAUCAGAGACUUGGCAAGUCAAAGGGGUCUUCUGAGACAGGGCAUUGUACAGAGAUCCGGCAAGCCUCUUCUUCCAUUUGCUACUGGUCCACCAACAGAAUGCAUGAGAGAUGAAAACGAGAGCCCAAUUCCUUGCUUCUUAGCUGGGGAUCAUCGUGCUAAUGAGCAACUGGGUCUCACCAGUAUGCAUACAUUGUGGUUUAGAGAACACAACAGAAUUGCUACAGAGUUACUGAAACUCAACCCACACUGGGAUGGGGACACAAUAUAUCAUGAAACACGCAAAAUUGUUGGUGCAGAAAUGCAACAUAUAACAUACAACCAUUGGCUACCUAAGAUCUUUGGAGAGGUAGGCAUGAAGAUGCUUGGUGAAUAUAAAGGUUAUGAUCCCAAUGUUAAUUCUGGCAUAACUAAUGAGUUUGCAACUGCCGCUUUUAGGUUUGGUCACACACUUAUCAAUCCCUUACUGUAUCGGCUGGAUGAAAACUUUGAGCCUAUUCUACAAGGCCAUAUACCUCUUCAUAAGGCAUUCUUCUCUCCCUUUCGGAUUGUAAAUGAAGGAGGCAUUGAUCCACUGUUAAGGGGAUUGUUUGGGGUUGCUGGUAAGAUGCGAGUACCAUCACAGUUACUCAAUACAGAAUUAACAGAGAGACUAUUCUCCAUGGCACGUACCGUGGCUUUAGAUCUGGCAGCUAUGAAUAUUCAGAGAGGCAGAGAUCAUGGAAUUCCUCCCUACCAUGAUUUUAGAGUUUACUGUAAUCUUUCUUCAGCUCAUACUUUUGAAGAUCUGAAAAACGAAAUUAGGAAUCCUGAAAUCAGAGAGAAACUUAGCAGGCUCUAUGGGUCACCUCUGAACAUAGAUUUAUUUCCUGCUCUUAUGGUAGAAGAUUUAGUUCCUGGUAGCCGAUUGGGGCCAACUUUGAUGUGUCUAUUGAGUACACAGUUUAAACGUCUUCGAGAUGGAGACAGGUUAUGGUAUGAGAAUCCUGGUGUAUUUAGUCCACCUCAGCUGACUCAGAUCAAGCAAACAUCUCUUGCCAGAAUUUUGUGCGACAACGCUGACAAUAUAACCAGAGUGCAACGGGAUGUCUUUAAGGUGGCUGAGUUCCCACAUGGUUAUGGUAGCUGUGAAGAAAUUCCUAAACUGGAUCUCAGGAUGUGGCAAGAUUGCUGUGAAGAUUGUAGAACUAGAGGGCAGUUUAAUGCAUUUUCAUAUCACUUCCGCGGAAGACGUUCUCUUGAUUAUAGCUUUCAGGAGGACAAGCCCUUAAAGAAAAUGAAAAUGCCCAAAACAGUGAGUUCUACAAAACAGGGUAAACAUUUUAAUGAUUCCACUUCAGCAUCUGAUGAACAUAUAAAAUUACCUGUGGUGAAUGACUUCAGAGAAUUUGUUUUAGAAAUGCAAAAGACAAUUAAAAGUCUCAGAAAUCAGAUAAAGAAACUGGAAUCACGUCUCAGUAGAACUGAUUGCACUGAUGAAAAGGGUAAAUCGUACUCCAGCAAUGAAACCUGGAAAAGGGACCCUUGUACUAUGUGUGAAUGCAAAGUUGGUCAGAUUACCUGUUUUGUAGAAUCAUGUCCACCAACUGAUUGCUCUACACCAGUGAAGGUCAAAGGAGUUUGCUGUCCAGUCUGUUUAAAACAAACUAUUAGCAAGGAAAAGAAGCCAUAA